GACCUGCCGGGACCCUCGCCCGCCGCGUACCAGCGGCCAACGCCGACCGGGCCGCCGGGCCGGGACCGGCGCGAGCGUGCACCAGUGGCUGGGCUGGCGCUGCGCCCAGAGCGGACAAGCAGCAGCAGCUCGAGCGCUGCGGCCGCCGCCUCCCCGCUGACCCCGCGAUCUGAGGCUGUCAGAGAUGACUCUGGUUCUGUCCAUGAAUAGAUUCUGCGAGCCCAUUGUCUCGGAAGGAGCUGCUGAAAUUGCUGGGUACCAGACACUAUGGGAGGCUGACAGCUACAGAGGCCCGAGCUCUCCGGCGCCAGUGCAGGCCCCUCUGCAGGGAGACCGGGGAGCUGGUCCCCCUCUGGCAGGAUCACAUUACAGGGGAAUUUCAAAUCCUAUAACAACAUCCAAGAUCACAUACUUUAAGAGGAAGUAUGUGGAAGAAGAGGAUUUUCACCCACCACUCAGCAGCUGUAGCCAUAAAACCAUCUCAAUUUUUGAGGAGCGAGCCCACAUCCUUUAUAUGUCUUUAGAAAAGCUAAAGUUUAUCGAUGACCCUGAAGUAUACCUCCGACGAUCUGUCCUUAUAAACAAUUUGAUGAAAAGGAUCCAUGGGGAAAUUAUCAUGCAGAAUAACUGGUGCUUUCCAGCCUGCUCUUUCAAUGGCGCCUCUGCCCAAGAGUGGUUUAUGGCUCAAGACUGUCCUUACCGAAAACGACCACGGAUGGCCAAAGAGGAGUGUGAAAAGUUCCAUGCCUGCUGCUUUUACCAAGAAUGUGGUGGUCACUACCUAAAUGUACCCCUUUCUGUCAAUGCUAAUGUUGGAAGUGCCUCCACUGCCUCUUCCUCCUCCUCCUCACCUUCCUCUUCCUCUCCCCCUCUGCCUUUACCGAGUUGUUCCCAUCAGGUGGAUUUUGAUGUAGGCAGACCACCUAUUUACAAGAGUGAUGGCCAGAUACCUGCCAAUGAAAUAUUCAUUACUAAUGUCAGGUCACUUGGUGUUCAGGAAAAGGCCAAAUUAAAUGAUGAGAAAGCCAAUAAUGACACCAACAGGGCUGGUGGCCCCCUAAGCCAUGAACCUGUGGGAAAUGACCUGGCUUUUGAGUGCAAAGGCCAGUUUUAUGAUUAUUUUGAGACUGGAUGUAAUGAGAAAAACAAUGUAAGUGAGUCUUGGAAAAAGUCCUUGAGGAAAAAGGAGCCUUCACCAAGUAACAAACUGUGCUGCAGCAAAGGAAAUAAAACAUGAGCCAUCUUUUCACCAAAACUUUGAAGCAUGCACAGCAUGAUCAAUUAGCUCUCAUAAAUUUUAUUUUGAAUGGAUUUUAUAGUUUUGUACAACGGAUUAAAUUAUGCCAUGAACAUGCCGUGUUGUUUUAAUGCCUAGGGAGCAGAUUGCAUAAAACAUCUGUAUAGUAGGCAUCAGCGAGCUACUUAUAAAUGUGGUGAUUUUACCAAGAAAACAGUUGACUUAAUGCUUAAAAGUAUAUAUCUUAGUUUUCUUACAGAGAGAAUCAGUAGAUUAGAUUGAGGGCCAGUGUGCCCUUGUGAUAUUUCCAUUGCCCUCCCCCCCAAACACACACAAGCAGCCUGUCACUAGUUAAGAACCUUCAACAUGUUUGCCAAUUAAUUAGGUAGUUAUUUGGUAAGCAAAUCAAUGUAACCAGCAAAAGAUGUCUGCUGCUUCUAUAUGAUACAGUAUUUUUUCUGAACAAAUGACUGACAUGGGGAGCUAGAUGAAAUGGCUUCACAGUGUGCUGUUAAGUAUUUGUAUUUAACAGUCUUGUGUGACAAAUGAAAUAGGAUGGAACAUAAUGAAGCACACCUGUCUUGGGGUGGCAAUCAACGCUAUGUGGAGAGGGUAAUCCCUGCAAGUUCCUGGCUUGCCUGUGAUGAGUGAUGAGGCUUACAGAGAGGUGUUAUACAGGGCGAUUUUUGGUGCCUUAUAUCUUAAUUUUUGCCAGUGUGAAAAUUAAGGAUAAAUCAGAGUUACAGCAGGGAUUUAACAAACAGGA